AUUUUAUUUUUUUGUUCAUGCAAAUAGAAAGAAAAUGAGAAAGCAAAUGAAUCAACAAGGAAAAAACAAAGAAUACAACAAUGGCAAUAACACGACGGAGAAGGAGAGCAAAACUGAAGAAAAUAAGAACACUAAUCCAAAAGGAGUUACUAUAAUAUUGGGUGUUUAUAUUCAUUGUCAAGGGUGUAAAGAACAAGUACUUAAAUCCCUUCGAGGUUUUGAUGGUGUGGAGGAGAUUGAGAUUGAUGAGAAAAAUCACAAAGUAGUGGUGAAAGGGGAGAAAGCAGAUCCUCUAAAGGUGGCAGAGAGACUGAGGAAGAAAAGUGGUAAACAUGUGGAGUUAAUUUCUCCAAUUCCACCUAAAAAGAAAGAAGAGGAGAAGAAGGAGAAAAAACAAGAGCCUAAGGUGAUUGAAGUAAUUCUUAAACUAUACUUGCACUGUGAAGGAUGUGCCAAAGAUGUCAAGCAGUGUAUUCACAAAAUGCCAGGUGUUCAAACAGUGGAUCCAGAAAUGAAGAACAACAUUGUGAAAGUGAAAGGAUCAAUGGAUCCUCAAAAACUAGUAGAAUUCAUCAGCAAAAAAGCAGGGAGGCAUGCUGAGAUUGUCAAGUCCAUCAACAAAAUUGACAAAGAGAAAGAUGAAAAGCCAGCAACUGAUAAUAAAAAUGCAUCAGAUAAUAAAAAGGGUUGCACUUGCCAGCAUGACUAUCUUCAACUUGUUUAUGCCCCUCAGUUUUUUAGUGAUGAGAAUCCUAAUUCUUGUUCCAUCACGUGAGAUAGUGAAGUUUGAUUUUAAGAUUAUACAAAUUUUGUCAUGUACUCUGAGAUAUCAACCCUUGUAUCUGCACAAAUGCACAUGCUGAGUUUUGAUUUUAAUGGAAUUCCUUAUAUUGC